AUGGAGACUCUCUCGGCCUCUAAGCAUAUGGUAAAAAUAAUACGAGAUCCCAAGCAACAAAUUGAGAUGGUGGGUGUCCCAAAAGAGUACCUAUCCGGUCAUGCAUUCCACAAGUAUCAACUGGAGUCACCUGAUAAAACAGUUUCUUUUGAGUUUCAGCAUAAUGUCUGUGGUAGAUCAAUCUAUGCGGAGGGUACAGUUGAUGCUGCAAUUUUCCUUGCUAAGAAGUCGGUCUCUCCUCCUCCUCCAACCAGUCAGCCAUCCUCUCUCAGAUCGCUCCCUCCUCCUCCUCCUCCAACCACUCAGCCAUCACAUUCUCCUGUCUCAGAACCUCACAGUCACAGGGGACAAAUUUCUCUCACCACCUCUUGUUCCUUUCAACAAACAGAAACUUGGUCUGAAAUGGGUAAACUCAGUGUUGAAAUCUGCCUGAUCUCUGCUAGGGGACUUCGGAGAACUUCAUCUCUGUGGAAGCUCCAAUGGUUGGCUGUUGGGUGGGUUUACAGUAGAGAGCCUAUCUUUCUUAGAGAGAGGCUUCAGGGGACAGCUACAGUUGUUGUGAAAGAAUUUCUUGAUAAAUACAUGAAGAAUUCUGAAGUUUCAAACUCAAAACCAGUUGAGGAAGUGGGGAGUUUUGAAUUGCGGAAAAGGAAUUCCACCAAACCUCAAGGAUUUGUGGAUGUUUCAAUCCGGGUUUCCGAGGAAAGGGACGAACCUAGUAUUUAUGGUAUGAGACUUCAAAAAAUACUUGAACCUUGCUUAUCUAUUUAG